AUGGGUGGGAUGGAGAUCAAAGGCGGAGAGAUAGAAAAAACACAGGACAUGAAACUCCAACUUGGCGGCACCGGCACCUGCGAGGUAGCUGCAAGGAUUAGGAGAACAAGAAGAGACUUCAUGAGAGGCAGAGGCACAGACAUUCUUACGAAGGAGAUCAUUGGGCGUGGUACUGAGCGAGAAGGCCUUUACUGCGUUGAUGAAGUAGCACACCAGGGUCAUGCCAUGCUUGCUCACGGAAUGGUUACUAGGCAACUUUGGUUAUGGCACAGGCGUCUCAGACAUCCUUCAUUUGAGCAAGUAGAUGGAGUCACCGAGCAUACUUCACUCAACGUAGAAAACAACUCAGUACAUACAACUAGUGAGAGUCCUUUUGAGAAUGUCAGACAAGAGGUAAGUAAUUGUCAAUCUGAUAAUGUACUCCCUGUUUUUAAUGAGACCACUAACAAUAAUAGUAUAGAACUAGAACAUGAAGAACCAGAGCCCAAUACCUUUAUUCUUCCUCCAAGAAGAAACAGAGGGAUGCCUCCUGAUCGGUGCAAAUGGGUUUUCACCAUUAAACACAAAGCAGAUGGCACUAUUGAAUGGUACAAGACAAGGUUGGUGGCCAAAGGUUAUACACAGACCUAUGGUAUCGGCUACACUGAAACUUUUUCACCGGUUGCAAAGAUUAAUACUAUCAGGAUGUUGUUUUCAAUAGCAGCAAAUGAAGAUUGGCCACUCCAUCAAUUUGACAUCAAAAAUGCUUUAUUGCAUGGAGAGUUGAAAGAAGAAGUGUACAUGGAAGCUCCUCCAGGUUUCUCAACGGGAUUUAGAAAACAUGAAGUUUGCUGGUUAAAGAAGACUCUUUAUGGGCUUAAACAAUCUCCACGUGCCUAG